AUGGGCUGCAAAGGGUCCAAGAGACCCGCCGGUCCCCGGCCAGAAGGUGCCGGCCAGGUUGGACAGGGGACCUCCCAAAGCACGGUGGCCACUGAAGCUGACAAGGCCGCCGUAGAUGGGAAGUUUGCCGCCAAUGCCAAGCCGGCACUGACGGCAGCUGCCCCGAUCCGAUCCGCGCGAGGCGUGUCAGAAGUGAAGACUUAUUCCGCGGAGCAGCAGGCAGCUGCAGGCAAGAUUGGCGCUGCUGUCAGGGGCAGUGCCACCCGCUGGGAGGUGAAGCAAGAGUACCACGAGAUCCGACGCCGUCCGGAGGGCAGACCGCUUCAGCCCAUCGAGCUUGGGUUUGCGGAUUAUGCGCAAAAGAAGCCGUCGAUGCCAUCCGUACCAGACCACCUUCGCUUCCGGGUGCGGGAUGUCACGAAGCAGCGAGUGCUUGCGCAGCUGGGCAACGACGAGGGACUGGGUUCAUUCAGCACCUUCGAGAUGAUGGCGGCUCGCCUUUUGGAGAAGGUGGCUGCAAGUGGAAAGCUACCGCCCGGCCCCGCCAAGCAGAUGGCCUCCACCCACCUCUUCAAUGGGGAGGAGGUCAAAGCGGACGCUGAGGACUCCUUGGCCAAACGUCAGGACACCUACCUGCUCGGCAAGUUCCAAAUUGUUGCGGUUCCAGUCGUUGCGGACUACGAUGCAGCCUUCGAUGUGCUGCAGGUGGAAAGCAAUUCGAAGCAAACUGCGAAGCCGGACGCGCCAAGCCGGGAUUGCGAUGGUCCUGAGGGCUUCAACGGUUGGUUUUGGGUCUUGCACAGCGCCGCGCCCAACAUCGGCGAGAGUGCGCUUGCGGAAGACUUUCUUUCGUACUCGGUGGAGGAGGUGCAAGACAACGAUCGACCUCUCAGGAUAGACUCGGUCCAAUCACAGGCAUCAACGUCCUCCACCUCCAGGUGUUGUUGGAAAGAUCGACCAAUGCGCACUUGUCGACGGCUGAACGAAGACCUCUACAUCGCAGACAUUGCCCGCCUCUGGAGAAAUGCUCUUCUUGCGAUGAAGAUCCUUGAGGUCGAGGAUGCGAUCCUGUUUCCCUUCGGAAUGGGCGCGUUCCUCCGGCACUUGAACUUGAACGAUGAUAGGUACGAGGAUCCAGCACGCUUGCAUAUGUUGAAGCGCCGGAUAGCUGCCGAGCUGAUGAAUGCGAUCGUCGAUAUUUGCACUCCGCCCGGCUCCGGAAAGUCCAAGGCGGUCUCCAAAGCUGGGCCGCAGCGAGUGCACCUGUGUUUGGUCUGUGUGAAUCCCGAGAGCAUCGAUAAUCACAACUGUUUCGUUGAGGCAGCAGCUGACAAAGCUCAGCAAUGCCCGCAGCUGAAGAAGAUCCUUCAGCUGCGCCAAAAUGUGGACUCCCUUCAGCUGGCCCAUGAGCUCAGCCACAGAGGUCAGCUCAAGGUGGCUUUGCUGAACGGCGCCAACAGGAAGCUUUGUGGAAAUCACUGGUUUCAGAGUGGCGCGCGGUUUGCCAUCGAUGAAAACUUGCACCGCCGCUCAGCGUCUUUGUCCAGGGCAUCUCUUCUGGUGAACUUUGAUACCGAGCCCAGGCCAAGGCGGAGCUCGCAGCUGGAAGAGACCAUCAGGUUCUUUGGAGGACGUGUGGUGAACCUGGCACAGACCGGGGCAAAGGAGAAAGCCACAAAUGCGAAGCCGGAGCCCUUGGGCAACGAGAAGGUCGAGCCUAAAGGUGGCAAGGACACAGCGGCGCCAGUUGCAAAGGCAAAAGCAAAGAAACCAUUUUGCCUCUGCUGUGGUGGCAGCAAGAGUGCACAGAAACCGGCGGCAAAAAAGGCUGGCAAGGACAGUGGCGCAGCUCGCUAG